AUGUACGCAAUCAAGACGCGCUGUCUAGCGCGGACACGGGGCCAAUUACAUGCCGGCAAACAGGUCAACAUUGCCUUCAAGCGCAGCGUCUCAAGCUAUGAGCCAAAAUUCACAGAAAAUGGAAUGGCCUAUCGUGGGAGACCAUAUGUGGUAGACAGGGAGCGUCCUCCACAGUUUGCUCCUCCGCCAAAUGCUCCCGCGCACAUUGCGGUUCUCGGAGGAGGCCUGACAGGUCUCACCACCGCCUUUUACCUCUCCGAGUUCCUUCCAAGCACUAAAAUUACUCUCUAUGAGGCGAGUGAUCGCCUGGGCGGCUGGAUUGAGACCAAGGAGGUUGAAGUGCAGACGCCCGACGGCAUCAAGGGCACUGUUCGCUUCGAGGGCGCCGCCCGUAUGGUCAAGCCGCAGACCCAGCUGUCAGGGCCCCCUAAAUGGGAUGAUCUCAUUUUCUAUGAGCUGGUUCACGCCCUCGGUCUUGCGGACGAGCUGAGACACUCCACGAGUCUUGAGGUAGAUGCUAGUGGCUUUCUGUACUACCCGGAUCACUUGGUCACGAUGCCCAACAACCUGACCUUCAAGCCGCUCUCCCAGCCCCUCAAGACCAUCCGGUCACUAGUUACCUUUGCUCGUCUGCUACUGGAGCCUGCCUUCCGGGGCAUCAUCCCCUCGUUUUUUAAUCUCCUGAAAUCUAACAAAGAGGUAGUGACAAUGCUGGAAAAGAUAUCCAGUCACCAGGCCGACUAUAGCAUCGGGCAGUUCAUAUCCACGCGACUUGGCCGUCCCGAUCAGGUUGACAGGGUAGCUUCGGCCAUCAUCCACGGCAUCAUGGGCGGAGACAUCUGGAAGCUGAGCCUGUUGAGCGGGCCCUGGCAAAACAUGGUUGCUUCGUACCGGCGGAAGGGCAGUCCCGACUCAAUGUCUGCUCUGAACACCCCUGUGCACUGGACUGACUACCGGCUGAUGGAUGUGUUGUGCCGGAACCAGGGCAUCUGGGAUCUGGCUAACAAGUAUCUCCAUGCCAGCGGUAUCUGGUUCCGGAAUGGGUUCCAAACCUUCACAGAUGCCCUUGCUGUCGACCUGAGCAGCAAGCCCAACGUCACAAUUAAACUAGGCGAGCCUGUCGAGUCAGUUCGUUAUGAUGAAGCUUCUGACCGAGUUCUCAUCACGACAGAAACCGAAAAGCAGCCUGUCGCUUAUGAUAAGGUUGUUUCAACUCUCUAUGCCCAAACACUCGCAAACAUCACCAAUGGUCAGCUCCCUGCCCUGGAGAACAUCCCCGCCGUCACCAUUCAACUCGUCAACCUCUGGUACCCGCAGCCCUUGCUCAAUCAUCCUUACCACGGCUUCGGCUACCUCCUCCCUCAAGCCCUCGGCUUCGACCGCAACCCCGAAUGCCUUCUUGGCGUCAUCUUCGAUUCUGACCGUGAAUUCCCCAUUCGCAACCCUGACGGUUCCCCCGUCGAUCCAUCCAACCCCCCCAACCGUGGUGCCGACACCGUCCCUGGCACCAAGCUGACUGUCAUGCUCGGCGGCCACUAUUGGGACGAUUUACCCGACGAGUUCCUCCCCGAUUCUGAAACAGCCAUUGAGCUCGCCAAGCAAGCAGUCGAGCGGCACCUCAACCUGGACCCUUCCAUUUCCGCGCAAGCCGUCGCCCGCGCUAAGCUCUGCCGCCAGUGCAUCCCGCAGAUGCUAGUCGGCCACGUCAACCACUUGUACGCGGCACGCGACCAGCUUGAGCGCAACUUCCACGGCCGGCUGGCCGUCGCCGGGCAAUCGUACACCCUACCUGGCGUACUGCACUGCCUGCGCGCGGCGCGCGACAUGGCAAUGCAAAUUGUCCACAAGGCGGCUGGCAUCCCGACAGAGGAUGACUGGCCGGGUGUGUGGGUCGGCGACACGGGGCUGGAUCGGCUGACAACGCCGCUGCUGCACCAGCCGAUGGAGAUCAUCCCGAAGCCGAUUCUCCCGUUGCGUUAUAAUAGCGGGGCGACAAUGGGGAAGGACCUGUACCAGCAUGUUGAUGCUCUGGGAAGAGUGUGGACAUGGAAGAAUAAAGUCAACAACACAGCGUUUGAGGAUGGGAAGGAUGAGUAA